CUUGGGCCCCCGCGCCGGUCCCGCCGCCCCGCCCCGCCCCACUCCGUCCCGAGUCGCCGGCUCCACUCGCCGGGCCUGCACAGCACAUAGCACCGGCACCUCAGACUCUGCGCUCCCGCCCCGCCUUCAGUCGACGCACGAACCCAGCGGCAGCGACAGGAGCUUCUUCGAGCGACGCUACGGUCUUUGGUGGCCGACUUGACUUCCCCGCCGGCAUCAUGGUGGUCGCCUCUAACGGUGUGGCCAAGGGCCAGAAGCUGCGCGUCGCCAUUAUCGGUCAGAGCCCCUUCGCGGCCGAGGUGUACAAGCUGAUCAAGAAGGACGGGCACCAUGUGGUGGGCGUGUUCACCGUCCCGGACAACGGCAACCGGGAGGACCCCGCCGCAUCGGUGGCCGCGGCCGACGGCACGCCCGUGUUCAAGAUCAAGGCGUGGCGUCAGAAAGGCGUCGCCAUCCCCGAGGUGCUGGAGCAGUACAAGUCCGUGGGCGCGGACCUGAACGUGCUGCCCUUCUGCACCCAGUUCAUCCCGAUGGACGUCAUCAACUACCCCAAGCACAAGAGCAUCUGCUACCACCCCUCCCUCCUGCCCAGGCACAGGGGCGUCAGCUCCAUCAGCUGGACGCUGAUAGAAGGCGACACGGAGACGGGCUUCACCAUCUUCUGGGCCGACGACGGCCUGGACACCGGCCCGAUCCUGCUGCAGCGCAAGUGCGCCGUCGAGCCCAACGACACGGUGGACUCGCUGUACAACAAGUUCAUGUACCCGGAGGGCAUCCGCGCCAUGGCGCAGGCCGUCAACAUGGUCGCGGACGGCACGGCCCCGGCCCUGGAGCAGCCCGAGGAGGGCGCGUCGUACGACCCGGCGCUCAAGAAGAAGGAGCUCACCUUUGUCAAGUGGGACCAGCCCGCCAAGAAGAUCCACGACUUCAUCCGCGGCCUCGACAGCUCCCCGGGUGCACUUGCCCUCCUGAACGGCGAGGAGGUGAAGCUGUUCGGGUCCUCGCUGUGGACUGGGUCCACGCCCUCCGAAGCCGAUGAGGUGGCCAUUGAGGGACUGGAGGCCCCAGGGUUGGUGCACGCCGGGGGUCUGCUGCUGCAGGGCAGCGACGGCAAGCGACUCAACGUAGAGCGGCUGCACGUUAACGGGCGCAUGAUGCCCGCCAACCGCUACGGCAAGGCCGCCGAGAAGAGGGUCGCCGUCGAGAUGACCCCCGAGGAGAAGGAGAUGCUGCCAGUGCUGCGCGACAUCUGGACCGGCAUCCUCCGCAUCGACGUCGACGACGACACCGACUUCUUUGGCUCCGGCGCCGGCUCCAUGGACGUGGUUCGACUCAUCGAGGAGGUGAAGGAUCGCUUCAACUUCGAGAUGCAGAACGAGGACGUGUUCCUCGCGACCACCUUCGUCGAGUUCGGCGAGGCCGUGGUGCUCAAGUCGCGCGGCGGCUCCGCUUCCAAGGAGGUCGAAUACGACCCCGUGGUCAUGCACGUCAACAACAUGGACAUCAAGUUCCCCAAACAGCUCUUCAUCGACGGCAAGUUCAUCGACGCUGAAGGCGGCCGGACCAUCGACAGCAUCAACCCCGCCGACGAGAGCGUCAUCUGCAAGGUGCAGCGAGCCACGCCCGGCGACGUGGACCGCGCCGUGCAGGCCGCCAAGCGCGCCUUCGACGAGGGCGAGUGGUCCAAGAUGUCGGCCCGCGACCGGAGCCGCCUGCUGUUCCGACUCGCGGAUCUGAUGGAGGAGCACAAGCAGGAGCUGGCGACCAUCGAGGCCAUCGACUCGGGCGCCGUCUACACGCUCGCCCUCAAGACGCACGUCGGCAUGUCCAUCGACGUGUGGAGGUACUUCGCCGGCUGGUGCGACAAGAUCACGGGCAGCACGAUCCCCAUCAGCCACGCCCGGCCCAACAGGAACCUCACCUUCACCAAGAAGGAGCCCAUCGGGGUGUGCGGUCUCAUCACGCCGUGGAACUACCCGCUCAUGAUGUUGUCGUGGAAGAUGGCGGCCUGCCUGGCCGCCGGCAACACCGUGGUCAUGAAGCCCGCGCAGGUGUCGCCGCUCACCGCCCUCAAGUUCGCCGAGCUCUCCGUCAAGGCCGGCAUCCCCCCGGGCGUCAUCAACAUCGUCCCGGGAAGCGGCUCCGAGGCUGGCAACGCCAUCGCCUCGCACCCCCUGGUGCGCAAGCUCGGCUUCACCGGCAGCACGGAGAUCGGUCAGACCAUCAUGGAGACCUGCGCAAACUCCAACAUCAAGAAGUGCUCUCUCGAGCUCGGCGGCAAGUCGCCCCUCGUCAUCUUCGACGACUGUGACCUGGAGCGUGCCGUGAGGAAUGCCAUGGGCGGCGUGUUCUUCAACAAGGGAGAGAACUGCAUCGCAGCGGGCCGGAUCUUCGUCCAGGACACGGUCCACGACAAGUUCGUCGAGAGGGUGAUCGAGGAGACCAAGAAGAUUGUGAUUGGCGACCCGCUGAACCGGAGCACGAGCCACGGCCCCCAGAACCACAGGGCGCACCUCGACAAGCUCGUCAGCUACGUGCAACGGGGCGUCAAGGAGGGCGCCACCCUCCGCUACGGCGGCAAGCAGCUCGACCGACCCGGGCUUUUCUUCGAGCCCACCGUCCUCACCGACGUCGAGGACCACAUGUACGUCGCGAAGGAGGAGUCUUUCGGACCCAUCAUGAUCAUCUCAAAGUUCAGCGGCAACGACCUGGACGCCGUCAUCAAACGCGCCAACAGCACCGAAUUCGGCCUCGCGUCGGGUGUGUUCACACGCGACAUCAACCGGGCCAUGGCCUUCGCGGAAAAGAUAGAGGCUGGCACCGUGUUCAUCAACACCUACAACAAGACCGAUGUUGCCGCGCCCUUCGGUGGCUUCAAGCAAUCGGGCUUUGGAAAGGAUCUCGGAGAAGAGGCGCUGAAUGAAUACCUGAAGACGAAAUGCGUCACCUUGGAGUAUUAAACUUCGCCCUUAGUAUUUCUUUUUUCCCGUCGGGCUAAUAAGUGUUUGCGACACUCGACUGAUCUCUUGCAACGUUAUUGUAAGGUACUUUGGGGACUAGGAACCCCCGCACUUGCUUCGUGGGGUAAAACAGUCUGAUCAGUUCCAUCAACGACCUCCUCUCGAUAGAGCUUCAUUAAUCAUCAUAAAUAUCAUGUUUUCAUCUCUGCCAUAAUACGCCCUACAUACGCCAUAAAAGUUUUUGUAAAUAUCUUUUGUAAAUAAACGACGUCAUUAUUUUUAA